AUGGACCAAAGCAAUUAUACUUUUCUACGUGGUUUUAUUCUGCUUGGCUUCUCCGACCACCCCAAACUGGAGAUGGUCCUGUCAGGAAUUGUCACCAUCUUCUACUUAAUUACAUUGGUGGGUAACACAGCCAUCAUUCUUGCAUCUCUCCUGGAUUCCCGUCUCCACACACCGAUGUAUUUCUUCCUUAGGAAUUUAUCUUUCCUGGAUCUAUGUUUCACAACCAGCAUCAUCCCUCAGAUGCUGGUUAACUUGUGGGGACCUGAUAAGACCAUCAGCUAUGUAGGCUGUGUCAUUCAACUCUAUGUUUAUUUGUGGUUGGGCUCCAUUGAGUGUCUUCUCCUGGCUGUUAUGUCCUAUGAUCGUUUUACAGCUAUUUGUAAGCCCUUGCAUUAUUUGAUAAUCAUGAACCCACAUAUGUGUGUCAAGAUGAUUAUUAUGGUCUGGAGUAUUAGUUUGGCCAACUCUGUAGUAUUAUGUACACUCACCCUGAAUUUGCCCACAUGUGGAAACAACCUUCUGGAUCACUUCUUGUGUGAGUUGCCAGCUAUGGUCAAGAUAGCUUGUAUAGACACCACAACAGUUGAAAUGUCUGUUUUUGCUUUAGGCAUUGUCAUUGUCCUUACACCCCUCAUCCUUAUUCUUGUAUCCUAUGGCUACAUUGCCAAAGCUGUGCUGAGAAUGAAGUCAAAAGCAGGCCAACGAAAAGCAAUGAAUACUUGUGGAUCUCAUCUCACUGUGGUGUUCAUCUUCUUUGGAACUAUUGUAUACCUAUACUUUCAACCAGGUAAUAGUGCCUCCAAAGACCAAGGCAAGUUCCUCACCCUCUUUUACACCAUCAUCACUCCAAGUCUCAACCCUCUCAUUUAUACCUUAAGGAAUAAGCACAUGAAGGAUGCACUAAAGAAACUGGUGAGAGUUGACCACAAAUCUACAAAGAAGAGGAACUGGAAGUCAUAG